AUGCGCUACAGCCGUACCAAGAAAAUACGUCUGCAAUGGGCCAAGAACAAGAAACAUGUCAACAAUGGCUAUCGCCUGGAGAAACAAAUGCGCUACAGCCGUAUCAAGAAAAUGCCUUUGGAAUUCACCGCUGCCGAUCGUAUCUACUUCGAUAAGUCCAUUAAUUUGGCUGCCUGCAUGAAGGAGAAUUUCCAAGAUGAACUUGAAUCGUUGGACUUCAGAACCAAAGCCGAAGAGGGACGCAUGGAAAUCAACAACUGGAUUGCCAAUGUAACACACAAUAAAAUCCCCGAAAUGUUAAAUCCCUGCGAUGUUACCUCCGACAGUCAAAUGGUAUUGGCUAAUGCUGCCUAUUUCAAGGUUCAAUGGUCGGAUAAAUUCGAUGCCAAAGAUACAAAACAGGAGAUUUUCUAUACCAACCCUAGCCAGUAUUCUUUCGUAAUCAUGAGGCAUAAACGUGGAGAAUUUGAAAUUGGUACCGAUUCAACGCAAUUGUGCAUCGAGCAUACCGCAAACUUGAAUGGCUUCUCCACGGAAACAAGCCUGAUGUUUGGUGAUGCCGAACAUGUUGUCAAAAUCAAGGUUGAUGAGGAGGGCAGUACUGCUGCAGCAGCCACAGUUGUUUUCAGUUUCCGUUCAGCACGUCCCGCCGAACCAACCAAAUUCGAAUGUAAUCAUCCAUUUAUGUUCCUGAUCUAUGAUAAUACCGCAAAGGCUGUACUCUUCACUGGUAUUUAUCGUGAUCCCAAAACACAAAAGUAG